GAUUGCUUGUCAGAGAGACUUGCAAUUUUAUUGUUGAAAUUAUUACAACCAAAUGAAGAACAUAAUUAUUGUCUCGCUCGCUUGUGUCAUCUUCCUGAGUGUGACAGAUACUAAGGGCUAUCGACGAAAUGGUGAUACUGAAAAUAAGCGAAUCAGAUCAUUGUUCAGUAAGUGUUUUGAUACCUUCAACCCAAUCAAUACUCCUACUGUCAAUGAAAUAAGAAAAGAUUCUCGAAUGUGCAUCGUCAAGGCAAAUUCAAGAAGAAAACACGAACUUAAUGAUUUGGAAAGUAAACAUUUCGAAAUUCUCAAGGAAAUGCAACGUUUCAAGGAGUCUAUGAAAGACUGCGAAUCGAGCUCAAAUCGUUUUCGUCAAUCUGAUUGUAUAUCUGAUGCUAUUGAAGUUAAUCACAAUAGAGUAAAUGAAAUAUCUUCAAGAUAUGAAUACAAUACCCAAAUUGAAAGGGAAAUUCAACGUGAAAAAGUAUUUUGCCUAAAGAAUGCCGUCGCCAAUGGCAAAGCAAGGAGUUCUGCAUCAUUUUCAGUUCUUGAAAACUGUCUCUCAAGUGUUGGCAGAUAAAUUAUAAAUGUAAAUGCAACUAAAGUCACUUGAUCUUGAAAUUUUAAAUGAUC